UCGUUUUGAGCGGCAUACGGUAAAGAAGUCGUUGCGGCAUGAAGAAUCAUUUCGUGUAGGUCGAGAAGACUUGUCUAACCAAAACGUAUUAUUUUUCUGUGAGACCAUAAACAAGUUGCGGUUGGUAAAGCUGCAAGCAAGUGUGCGUUAGUUGAAUCUCAACGCAGAUUAACACCAAUCACAUCUGCUAAUUUUUAACGCUGUGAGAGUAAAAAAAUAAGAGAAAAUAUUCAUAACAAUAACAUCAUCACCAACAACAGCAACAGCGCUUGAUUUUACUCAAUUUGCUCAACUUCAACGCCAGAUUAAUAAUUCCAGAAAUUAGCAUAUUUUUCACAUUUCGACGACUUGUAUGUGAAUAAAAACGUAUAAAGGAAUUGAAUAAGAAUUAGACAUUGAAUAAUUAAGCGAUAAUAUAGAAUUAAAAAAAUAUUUACACAAAUAAAACAUUGCUUGGUUCGUUGUAAAACAAAAAACAACAUGGCGUCUGAGAUGUUCCUGAAGCAACAGCUUCUAAGCAUUUGCGCCAUUUUACUGUGCGCUACCUUGGCUCAAAGCAAGGAUAAUCUGCGCGUGGCCUACGAAUGGAAAGAGAUGGACUACAAAUACGAGAAUGCCGAGGCGCGUUGGACUGCUAUUGAAAAUCAUGAAUUUCGACCGGAUAAUGUAAUUCCCUUCGGUCUGGAGGUCUAUCGGUCGCGCAUGUACAUAGCGUUGCCACGUUGGCGAGAUGGUGUACCCGCGUCAUUGGCGUAUUUCGAUCUGAAUGAUAAAUCCACGAAAUCACCCUUGCUAACUCCUUUCCCCAGCUGGGAGGCUCAUAGUCUGGCCGAACCUGAUCCGGAGCUGGUUUCACCCUUCCGCAUACGCGCUGAUCGUUGUGGUCGUCUUUGGGUACUGGAUUCUAGAAUUGCUGGUGUUUUGGAGAAUACAACCAUCUUUGGACCCGCUCAACUACUCGUCUAUGAUUUGCACAAUGAUAACCUGCUGCGCCGCUACAGAUUUUCCAGCAGUCAUAUAAAACAAGGUUCAUUCUUUGCCAAUCUGGCAGUGGAGGAUGCCGAUUGUGAGAAUACUUUCGCGUAUGCAGCUGACUUGGGCUCGCCCGGCCUGGUAGUUUACUCAUGGGCUCAGGAAGAUUCUUGGCGUGUACAACAUAAUUUCUUCCAUCCCGAUCCCUUAGCUGGAAAUUAUAGCAUUGGCGGCAUAGAAUUUCAAUGGGAUGAUGGCUUGUAUGGCUUGGCAGUGUCCAAACCACAGGCAGAUGGUUUCGCAACACUCUACUUCCAUCCACUCAGCUCAACAACCGAAUUUGCAGUCAGCACUAAACUAUUAAGGAACAAGACUUUAGCUACAUCAAACGACAUCUAUCAUGACUUCAAGAUACUGGGAGCACGUGGCCCGAAUGGGCAAGCAGGCGCUGCAUUUUUAGAUCCACGUACGGGUGUUCUGUUUUAUGCUUUGCCAAAUAUGAACGCUUUGGAUUGCUGGAGUACGACUAAAGCAGAAUAUUCCACUAAUACGCAGGGUCGUAUUUACUACAGUGCAACGGAGCUGGUAUUUCCCAGUGAAGUGAAGGUUGAUGCGGAGGAUCGUUUGUGGGUGCUCUCAAAUAAGCUGCAAGAAUUCAUUUACGACGAACUCUAUCCGGGUACAGUUAACUAUCGCAUUUUGACCGCGAAUGUGGUGGAUGCAAUUGAGAAUACGGCGUGCGAUACCGCACGGAAACCGCUGCCAGAGAUUGUGAAAAAUGAAUUAGAUACGAUACUGGAUAGAGUAGUGAAUAAAACGGUAGAGGUCGCCACUGCUGGCGUAGCAACGAGAAGCUUAAGCGGUAUCUUAAUCAUAGCGGCGGUGUUCUUGGCUAUCAGAAAAUUUUAAGCCGGGCUGUGGAGAGUGAACAGCGCGCGGAGUGUUUUUUUGAGUGUAUCGAUAAUAAUAUAGAAAUAAGUAUAAUUGUAUUUAUAUGUAAAUGUUAAUGUUUAAAAGCUUUGUUUCAAACAAAUUUGUACGUCUUUACCCAUGAAAAUGUGCCUGUGUGGGCUGCGAGUACUCAACUAUUUUUCGGUCAGUAUAUUUUUAAGAAUGUAAAAAGUAAAAAAAAAACUAAAAGUAUGGUCAUCUUUAUAAACGUA